GGCUUAUCGCAUUUCCGCAGCAAAAGGAGAGAGCGAACCGUUCUUGGGGAGGGAAAGAGGUCCGUACGUUUACCUACUUGAAUGAGCUCUCUUCGUCGUCAACCUACUCUCCCCGUGUCUCAGGUGCCCAGAAAAGAAAUGACGUCCUGGCACGCAAGGCAGCUCUGGCAUACCAAGUACAUUUUCAGCUGCAUGCCCAACGAUGCACUCGCACUUCAAACCUCUGUCUCAAAACUCGGCGCAACCUGGCACAAUUCCAUAAUUGUGGCUAAGAACCUGGAAGGGCAGUGGAGGCGGGGCAGCAGGCUGCGGAAGCAGAAGCAGAAGCAGAAGCAGAAGCAGAAGCAGAAGCAGAAGCAGAAGCAGAAGCAGAAGCAGAAGCAGAAGCAGAAGCAGAAGCAGGGUAGUCGAUUCCCAGCAAUCAACGGGACAGGCCAGGGCUGGGACGGUCAGAGAACGAUCCGGAUCAAUGCUUCGUCCAACGUCCAACGUCCAACGUCCAACCGCUCCCCGCUUGACCGAGACCUGACUCUACAAGCUCGCAAGCUAGUCCCCAUUCUGGGCGUAUCUGAGGUACUAUCUCUGUCUGUCGGGCAUUACUACAUCAUUGCCCUGCCCUACCCUGGCCAAUCUCAAUCUGCUGCGCUUUCUCAUCUCGUCUUCUUAGUGUAUUAUGGCGGGCACAUCCUCAAUCAUCCGCUAGUUGAACGCCUUGCUUCUGCUCUUGUUCUUGUCCUUGUCCUUGUCCUUGAUGGCAGUCGAUCUCUUUGCUGUCACUCCCCUGGUGCUCAUUUCAUUCCCAGGACGCUCCUCCCCGACCUCGACGUUCGACACCUCGAGGAGACCCUGCUCCUACUUUGCGCUGGGCAUCUCCAUCUCCGUCGCGCUUCGUUUGGUUUCAACCUGCUCUCAACGCCACUCCAGUGUCAAACGACCAAGGACCACAGCGAACUCGACGACGCCCCGUGCUCUUUAUCAUCGGCAGAAGCAGAAGUAGCCGCGCCGACUUUUUCAUGUGUCCACCACCCUCGGUCGAGUUACUUGGCUUUGAUGCAAGAAAUUUCGUUGAGACACUCCUAUCGCCAUCCCGUCUUCCCGCCCUAUCACGGUCUCUAUCACAUUCUCUUGAACCGCGUAUCUCCAACCCUCCAAUCUAAAUCAUACGUUACCGGCCCCCCAUCAGUCUGGCCUACUCCGCCACAGAAACCACGAAAUCCUUUGCCGCCGAAUUCUCUUGCACCCGACGGUCUGGGCACCUCCUGGGGUACUCCUGGCAUCAAGCUUGACGCCUGCUUUGACAACUCAAGGCCCCCAUUCGCCUCAUUCGUCGGGCUCAUUACUCACAGACGCAAAGACAACGGCUCGUCAGCGUUCUUCGUCCCUGUCUCCCCCCCUCCUCUUCCAUCAGAAUUCCUUCCCCAGCGCCCCGGAUCAGCUUUUUUCUGCGGGACCUAUUCUGAUCGAGACCUGGUCGGCCUUGG